ACUCUUCUGUGAAAGAUGGAGUUUAUCAGUGAUGAAGUGAUAACUGUAUUAGCUUUACAUAUGACCUGGUAGGAUUGGUUUUGAUUGAAAGCUGUUUGGAGUAAGAAGUUGCCCUUCCUUUUACUCUAGAAGACACAAUUUCCAGGAGAGUGGUGGGAUCUCUUGUCUGUCUGUUUGUUGUUACUGCAUUUAUCUGGCAAGAAUUUGCUAGCAAGGUUGGUCAUACUAAAACCAUCCUCUCUAUAUCUAUACUGUGGUAAAAAGCAUAGUAGCAGAAAAAUAUAGGCAGUGCUUUUCAUGGAAAGUCACUGUUAAAGCUGUAAGAAAGAACUCUAAUUCCUGUAAUAGAUAAAGCAACACUAGUAGAGGGACAAGCCUCUGAAGGAGAGAGAGAAAAAAAGACCAAUUGUGUCUAAAUUAGGCUUCUAACACCAUAUCCGACUCACAAACAAAUGUUCAAGUACAAAAUAUUCCAGUUAUAUUUCAGUUCUGGCCUGAAAGGAUGUGAUUAUCUGUCUCUUCAAACAGCCCAAACUCACUCCAGUGUAACUAGGGGUGGCUUUAUAGCUAUCAAACAUUGAUAAUGUUUGUAGCUUUGAGUAUACCAACUACUGAGUAUGCCUUAUAGGUUCUCUUGAGCAAACUCAAACAUUGUUUGAGAGGAAUCUGAGAUCAGCCAUUUCUAUUAACAGUUAAAUUAUUAUUAAUGCUACUGUACGUCUAAUAUUGCAGUUUGCUUUUAUGUCACAUUGUGGGUAGUUGCAUUUCACUGGUAGCCAAGUGAUUGUAUAUAAAAAUGUAUAUAGAUUGUGAUAAAAACUGAAAGGAGCCUGUGCAGCCUAUUUGUCUGCUAUGCAAGUGAAAGGACACACACAGAGUAUUUAAAGUUCCAGGAAGUGUCACUGUGUAGCACCCAUGAUGUUGCCUAUUUGUGCAUUUUGGGCGUUGCCUUGUGUGUCCUCAUUUGUGUACACUUUUCAGAAAUGUGGAGGCCUACGUUUUGCAGACCACUUGAUGUAAAUACUAAUACUUAGACCCGAUGUUACAAGCUGGAUGCUUCUGGGAUCAUUUUGUCCUGAGCUUUCCUUUUAUUCCUUAGCAGCAGUGUAUGACAUCAAAAAAAUGAAUACGCUGGUAAAGCAGACAUGCAGUCAGCUCGAGUUACUUCUCAAAAUAUGUGCCAGCUUCUCAGAAGAUCUUGGAAAAUCCUAGGAAGAUCCCUUUCAGCAUUACUUCUUAUGUUUCUUUGCUAUCACACGAUUACAGCUAGGAAUGGAAAAGUGCACUACCUCCCAUACUACCUUCCUUGCCCUGAAAGUAUCCUGUUUUAUACGUAAUGAGUAACACAGAUCAUUGUUACAGGGGUGUUCUUCACCGACAGCAUAAGUAGUUAUUAACAAGUAGUAACUUGUUCUUUAUCUUACGAACCUAUAAUUAGUCACUCUCUUAAAUCAAAAUGGUAAUAAUGCAACCUUUUCUGCUUUAGUCUGCUUGCCCUUCAGGACAGCUCUGUGUUUGUACAGCAUAAGUGAGGCCUUGUUUGUUGUGGGUUACAGAGACCACGAAUAACAGGCUAACACUGGCUUUACUAUGAGGGUGUAAUUGCACAUAUGGACAUGUACACACAAGUCUCGCUGUGCCUUGAGAUGGGGAUUAAGUAUCCCGGCUUGCUAGAUGGAGAAACAUAAGCCAGCCAGGUGAAAUGAGCAAUCACACAAGGAGUUCUGGCGGAGUUAGGAAUAACCACCCAGUCUCCUAAUCACGUUCCUCCUCUUCACCCUAUGACCUGUGCUUUCCGCUCACUUCAUGAAAGUCUCUGUGUGGUGGCAGUACGUGAGUUGUGGACCAGAAGCCUGCUCCGAACAAGUGAAAGGGUAGCUGCUUACAGUUUUAGGGGUCAGCUUCACAGGGAGUACAUGGCCUAAGUGACUUCACUGUCAUAUUGGACCAUAGCUGUGACAUGACAAGUCAUGACAAGCCACAGCUUUUCCCAUCCUUUAUCAUGACCUACUGAUCUUGUAAAAACAAAACAAAACAAAAAUGCAAAUAGAAAAUAUGAUAUUUUAUAGAGGCAUUUCUGAUUAUUUCAAGCCAUUAAAAACCAUCGUGUCUAGUAAAAUGCCCAUUUCUCCAAAUGCUGUUUAAAGUGUGAUGUGUGUCAGGUAGUUCAGCCCUCCAGGUGAUCUAGUUAUGGAGGGAAUAGAGCACAUAAAUGACCAGUACUGACAGACUCCAAGCAGCAUGUGCUUCCCUGGAUUUUGACCCCUAAACUGAUUUACCCACAGACUCGGAGAGCUGCCAGGAUCUCUCUGACCCUGUUUUGUGCUCUGUUUCAAAACUGUUACUCGUCUGACAGCCCUUGAAGGUGUGUACAGGCAAUGUCUAACUCUGUACUAGGGACAGAGCAGUGUGCACAGCAACUGGAGCAAGGACUUGGUCAGCUGUCAGCAGCAGCAGGUCCUGAAGCUGAACCUGGUUCAUAAUCUAGGAAAAGCAUUACAAUCCCUUUCUUUUCCCACUCCACCAUGCAGCUCCAUGAAACUCCAAUAUACAGAAGAGAAGCUAAUCCAGCUUUUCCCCCAAUUAUUUUAUCAGCAGCCAAGAGUGCUGGCUCCAAGGUGUCAGGAUGUGCUGACAGUCACACCAUGGCUGGCUCCCAUCAUCUAGGAAGGGACCUUCAAUUCUGAGAUCCUAGACAAUGCCUACAGGCCACUGAAACUCACCAUAGGGGUUACAGCCUUUGCCAUUGGAAAGUACCCCAGGUUUGUGGGCCACUUCUUGGAGUCAGCAGAGAAACAUUUCAUGAAAGGCUAUCGGGUGAACUAUUAUAUCUUCCCUGACAACCCUGAGACAAUUCCCAAUGCAUGGCUGCAACCUGGACAAAGGUUUGCCAUUGUCCCCAUCAAGAAAUACCCCAGCUGGUAAGAGAUCUCCAUGCGCAGGAUGGAAGCCAUAAACAAGCACAUUGCAAAGACAAGCCGUCAGGAGGUGGACUACUUCUUCUGUCUGGACAUUGACAUGGUGUUUUACAAUGCCUGGGGGCCUGAGCCCUGGGGGCCUGAGACCCUGGGUGAUACGGUAGAAGCCAUACACCCUGGCUAUUUCAAUGCCCCUCAAAGCCAGUUCCCUUAUGAGAGGAGCUCUUCAGCAGCCUACCUCCCUGAUGAAGAAGGGGACUUCUGUUAUGGAGGAGCUGUGUUUGGAGGGCUGGUCAAGAAAGUCUAUGAGUUUAUUGAGAUUUGCCACAUGACCAUCCUGACAGACAAAGCCAAUGGGGUCAUGGCAGCCUGGCAGGAAGGAAGUCAUCUUAACAGGCACUUCCUCUCCCACAAACACCCCAAGGUGCUUUCUGCAGAGUAUUUAUGGGAUGACAGGAAGCCAAAGCCCCCUGAAAUUCACCUCAUACAUUUUUCCACAGUGGAUAAGAACUACAAUGAGAUACGAGAUUGACCAUCUGAUCCCUGCAGAGAUGUCCUCCACACAAUCAAACCAACUAAAUAUUAGCUCCCACAGGACAUGCCCCACUAUGAGUUUUUGUUCCCAGUGUGAACAAACUGAGAAAGGAAGAUGUCAUAGUUUCUCUGGAGAACAGAAGUCUUAAUGCAUUUUAGAAGCAGCAGCUGAAGUGGAGGUGAGAAUGAAAAUGUUUCUAAGUUCCUAAUCUUUGUCAAUACAAGCAUCUUCUUAAGGCUGCAGCACACAAAAAAGCAUCCAAAAGGCCAGUUACCAAAUGCAAGACUGUCUUUAUAGCAAGGCUGCAGAUACCUUUGCCUGAGUGUUUUCCUGAGACCUAGCAGAAACUUGGCAAAAUCACAAUAGUGUUUGACAUUCCUGUGGAGAAGACCUAAAGUUUUUGUAAAGACCUUUUCACUUAAAAAAAAAC